AUGUUCAACAGUCCACUCAAGGAGCGCAUCAACCACGAGCGCAUCGAUGAGCUUGUCAAAGACAAACUAGUCGCCGAUCCUGGCGCUUCUUAUGCCAAGGAGCUCUAUUUGAACUUAUCCACGCUUUCUCCAUUUGUUGCUGGACCUAACUCGGUGAAAAUUAUUACUCCUGUCGAGAAACUUGAAUCCCAGGAUAUUCCCGUCAAUAAGGCUUAUCUCGUUUCCUGCACUAACGCUCGGAGCUCGGAUUUCGCUGCCGCCGCUCGUGUUUUCCGCGAAGCGGCCAAGGAUGGCCAGACCCCCAAAAUUGCUCCUGGUGUCAAGCUUUAUAUUGCUGCGGCCUCUAUUCCUGAGCAGGAGCUAUCCGAGGAGGCAGGCGAUUGGCAGGUCCUGAUUGACGCUGGUGCCCUAGGCACUGGUCUUCUUGAAGAUGGCGAGGUCGGUAUAAGUGCAUCCAACCGCAACUUCAAAGGUCGUAUGGGAUCUACCGCAGCAAAGGCCUACUUAGCCAGUCCGGAAACUGUCGCAGCCAGCGCUCUCCGGGGUAAGAUCGCUGGUCCUGGUUGGUACCAAAAACCCGAAGGUGUGGAGAAGGUUAUCAUUGGUGAGGGCAGCGGUGAUCAUGUUGCCGACAAAGCUCGGUCUGUGGAGGAUGCUCUCAACAAGCUUCUUGGUCAAGUCGAUAGCAUGAUCACCACCUACCAGGACGACGGCGAAGGUGCUGUAGAGCAGUCAUCUGGCCCUGCUGCACCUGAAGAUGAAGCUUUGGUUGAGAUUCUCCCUGGCUUUCCCGAGAGGAUUGAAGGCGAGAUCGUCUUCUGUGACGGGGAUAACAUUAACACUGAUGGAAUCUAUCCAGGCAAAUACACCUACCAGGAUAACAUCUCUCGGGAGAAGAUGGCCGAGGUGUGCAUGGAGAACUAUGACGAGAAGUUCCGCACGGCCGCCAAGGCUGGUGAUAUCCUGGUAACAGGCUUCAAUUUUGGUUGUGUAAGAUUACCGCUCCUGAUCCUGCUGUGGGGAGCAAUUUCUGACCUGACCCAGGGAUCCUCACGAGAACAAGCUGCAACUGCCAUCUUAGCAAAACAAAUUCCCCUUGUCGUUGCCGGUAGUUUCGGCAACAUCUUCAGCCGUAACAGCAUCAACAAUGCUCUCCUCGGCGUGGAACUGCCUGCACUUGUGCACCGUCUGCGCGAAGCAUACAAGGACGAACCCGAGAAAGCCCUAACCCGCCGCACCGGCUGGAGAUUGCUCUGGGACGUUCGCCGCUCCAAAGUCAUCAUUACCGAGAAGGAUGGCUCCUCGUGGGAGCAGAAAGUCGGCGAGAUGCCGCCCAAUGUGCAGGAAAUAAUCGCUUGCGGUGGCCUUGAGGGCUGGGUCAAGACUAAGAUCGCGGCCGAAAAGUGA